AUAUUGAAUUCGCCACGUCGUCUUUUCUCAAAUCACCGAGGGGUGUUUUAAAACUUAUUAUCAUUUCUAGUUAUUAGUACUAUUUAAUCGAAACUCGGAUAAGAAACUAAUAAAAUGAGUUCGAAAUUUUGCGAUCUUUGCCGAAUUCAGGGUUUAUCUCCACCUGUAGCGGACAAUAAAUGUGUAAAUUGUAAUUUCUAUUUUUGUUCAAGUUGUCAAGCGACUCACGCAGCAAACGAGAAUACAAAACACCAUAUUUUUCAAUCUGCUGAGAAUUUUUCUAAUUCUUCCGAAAUUUUUGAAGAUAUUUGUGCGAUUCAUAAUAAGGAAAAAGAAUUAUUUUGUUCCAAAUGUGCAGAAGCUAUAUGCAUUAGUUGUAAAUUCGAAAAUCACGAUGGUCAUAAAACAGAUUUUGUUAAAGAUUUAAUAACAGAUGUCAGAAGGAAAUUGAUGAAUUAUUUAAGUAAGCUACAAGAGGAACAGGACAGUUUGAUAACUGCUUCUAAAGAUGCAGCUGUUAAAAGAACAAUGUUAAAUGAUAAUUUCAAUAAAAUUAUCUCAGAUAUUGAGAAACAGCGAUCAGAGUUGAUAGCCUUGAUAAAUCAAUGGUAUGAGAAGAACUCGGAGAAAAUUAAAACUUUUUAUGCGAAGAGUAUUGAAAAUUUGGGAAUAAAAGAUAUGGAACAAAUCUCUAAAGUUGUCUUAGAAAAUUCAUCAUUGGCUAAGGAAGCUUUGAAAAAUGGAGCUGAUAAUUCAAUUUUGUGUAUUUGGGAAAAAGUGAAAAACUACGAAAAAGUUUUCGAAAAGCAGCCGUCAACUGAGAUUCCAACAGUUUAUAAGUUUAUACCUGGAUCAUGUUCCAACUUAGAAGAAAAAUCCAUUUUUGGAGAAUUGAUAUUAAAUGAGAAUUCAGUUGAAAAAAAAGGAACAAAAGAGGCAAAAGAGGCAAAAGAAAUAAAAGAAAUAAAAGAAGAGGUUACUAAAUCAGAAAUUGUCAAACAAUCGGAUGCCACUACAACAAAAGAUAAUAAGAAAACUACACCUCCAACACCUACAGAUGCAACAUCAACAGAUGAAAAUUCACAUAGGAUUUAUCCUUUAAACUCUGUAAAAACAAUUGACGCCAGAACGGAAAACAAGCCUGGUUUUAUUCGUUCUAUUCUUGGUGUGGCAUCGUGUGAAUCGGUUGUAUCUAUGAACGACAGUAUCUAUGUCGCCGAUCCCUAUUUAAAAUCAAUUUCAGUGUUUGAUAAUUCAGGUACCUUCGUUAAAGCAAUUAGCUUGGAGUUUUCUCCAAAAUGCAUUGGUUCAAUGAAAAACGGAGAUUUAAUCGUAACCUCUGGAGGGUCUGUUUUCGUGUAUAGUGAAUCAAAUUCAAUCCGAGAGUCUUGCGUUUCGUUCAGAGAGGCAUUUGGAGCAGUUGAAAUUAAUGACGAAGAAAUUGCCGUUUCAGACAGAGGAGAGGGAGAUAUUUUUAUAUUAGAUUCUAAGACUCUUGAACUCAAGAGAAAGAUUAAGGGUGGAGGUGGAUGGCCGAGCUAUUUAGCUAUUGAUAGUAAUUUAUAUAUCUACGCCGUAUUUACUGGAUGGGCGAAAGACAGUUUAAAGGUGUUUGACAGUCAGACUGGAAAGAAAAUCAGAGAAUACGUAUCCAAAACGGAAGUUGAAUUCGGAGAGAUAAAAGGACUUUGUAUCGACAGUAAUAAUAAUAUCCUUGUGAGUGAUUCGGAAAAACAGAGUAUCCUUAUCUGCUACGAUUAUAAUGGAGUAUGGGAAAUUUUAGAGACAAAGGAACUUUACGAUUUGGAUAAACCGUCUGACAUAACGUUCAGAAACUCUAACGAACUGUGGAUUUUGGACGUGAAUAGGUUAAAAGUUUACGAAUACACCACCAAUGAUAAUCAAAGUACUAUUUGAUGAACGUUGUUGAAUCUUAUGUGUUAAUAACCCUUAACCUUUUGAAAAUUAGCUAAAACUACACGAUCUUCCUCCAUUGUAAGAGUGUUCCGUCUUUUGCUUUUUCUAUUUUUGCAUAUUUGAAGAAUAUAUAAUAAAAG